GAUAGGCUACGCCAGUGAAUGGUACCAAAAGUAACGUUGUAGCACUGCAUACAUUUAGGUUACCAAAUAGUGUACCAGGUUAUUUUCAAGCGACUGCAGUUCUUCGUUGUUUCUCGCAGAAUAGGUCCGGUGGCCGAAAACAACCUGUCGAGUUUGGACGGCGUAGUUGUAAUUAUUGCCAUGGCUGCAUCGCCGUAGGAUAGUUUAAUUCUUUAAAACAUUGACUCACAUACACACAUACACACUCCGUUCCUUUUUCGACAGUCUUCAAACAGCACACACGCACUCACUCGGUACCCAAAGAAACAACCGCCAGAGGUAAACACUUGACGCCAACUGAGUUUUUACAAAGACAGACGUCAUCCCCUGAAUUUACCGAAACACAUAUCGGACUCAGGAAGAGAGGGAAAGUUGGGGACAGGAUGUUGGGUCUGGUCCGUGUCCCCGUAGCGGUGAGCUCCCUGGGGCUGCUGCGUCUGCUGGGGACCCCCUGGUCCUGGAGCCUGGCUGCGGGGCUGGGCGUCUACCUGGGCACCGGGGGCUGGAGGUUCCUCUACGUGGUCCUCAGGACGGCCAAGAGAGACCUGUUUGGUCUGUACGUGCUCCUGCGGGUGAAGUACUCCAUCCGGCGCCACCUGCGCCUGGGCAGCACCAUCCCCUCCAUCUUCGCCGCCACGGCGGCGCGCCACCCCGACAAGCCGGCGCUGGUGUGCGAGUCGUCGGGCGCCACCUGGACCUUCGCCCAGCUGGCGUCGCGCUCGGACGGCGUGGCCCAGUGGGCGCUGGGGCGGGCGUGGGCGCCGGGCGACGUGGUGGCCGUCUACGCCGAGAGCCGGCCCGAGCUGGUGGCGCUGUGGCUGGGCCUGGCCAAGGUGGGCGUGGAGGCGGCGCUGCUGAACUUUAACCUCCGCCGCCAGGCGCUGCUGCACUGCGUCGGCGUCUCCGGGGCGCGCGCGCUCGUGUUCGGAGCCGAGCUCGCCGACGCUGUGCAGGAGGUGAGCUCGGCGCUGGGCUCGUCCAUGCAGCUGUUCUGCACGGGCGACCUGAGUGCGGAGCUGCUCCAGUCCCUCUCUGCCCAGAACCUGGACCGCAUCCUGGCCUCCACCCCACAGACGCCGCCGCCGCCGCUCACACACAGCAAGAGCUUCAACGACAGACUCUUCUAUAUCUACACGUCUGGAACCACAGGGCUGCCCAAAGCUGCCAUCGUGGUGCACAGCAGGUACUUCCGCAUCGCUGAGUUCGGGUACUACUCUUUCGGCAUGCGCUCAGAUGACAUCAUCUACAACUGCCUGCCGCUCUACCACUCGGCAGGCAACAUCAUGGGGGUGGGGCAGUGCCUGCUGCAUGGACUCACCGUUGUGGUGAAGAGGAAGUUCUCCGCCAGCCGUUUCUGGGACGACUGCGUCAAGCACAACUGCACAGUGGUGCAGUACAUAGGCGAGAUCUGCCGCUACCUUCUCUCCCAGCCCGUGCGUCCGUCGGAGGCCUCGCACCGCGUGCGUCUGGCCGUGGGGAACGGCCUGCGGCCCAGCGUCUGGGAGGCCUUCACCCAGCGCUUCCGGGUCAAGCAGGUCGGCGAGUUCUACGGCGCCACCGAGUGCAACUGCAGCAUCGCCAACAUGGACGGAAAGGUGGGGGCGUGUGGCUUCAACAGCAGGAUCCUGCCCGGCGUGUACCCUAUCCAGCUGGUGAAGGUCAACGAGGAGAGCAUGGAGCUGGUGCGCGACAGCAGGGGACUGUGUAUAUCGUGCAGACCAGGGGAGCCUGGACUGCUGGUGGGGAAGAUAAAUCAGCAAGAUCCUCUGCGGCGCUUCGACGGCUACGCCAACCAGGACGCCACCAAUAAGAAGAUCGCCCACAACGUCUUCAAAAAGGGAGACUCGGCUUACCUCUCAGGUGACGUGCUAGUGAUGGACGACCUGGGCUACAUGUACUUCCGGGACCGCAGCGGCGACACGUUCCGCUGGAAGGGCGAGAACGUCUCCACCACGGAGGUGGAGGGCACCCUGAGCGGCCUCCUGGGCCAGACGGACGUGGCGGUGUACGGGGUGCCCGUGCCAGGAGUGGAAGGGAAGGCCGGCAUGGCCACAAUCGCCGAGGCCACCGGAGGCUUCGACUGCGAGGCCUUCCUGAAGGAGGUCCAGGCGGCGCUGCCCCCGUACGCCAGACCCAUCUUCCUGCGCCUCUCAGCGCAGGUGGACACCACAGGAACCUUUAAGAUCCAGAAGACGCGGCUUCAGAGGGAAGGAUACGACCCAAGGCACUCCGCCGACCGGAUCUACUUCCUGAACAGUCGGGCAGGGCGUUACGAGGCUCUGACUGAGGACCUUUAUAGCGCCAUCACAGAAGGAAGAGUGUGCAUCUGAGGCUGCCCUGCAACCCUCUGGGGUUUACAGUCACGUAGCAAACUAGUUAGGGUAGACCGAGAUCUGUGUCGACGGACACACAGAUUGUAAUGUGUAUGCAGAGGCAGACAAACUGACUGACUGAUAACCAAUCCCACUUAUACUAGGGCGUGGAUGGAUGGAGAGAGAUGUUUUGAUAUAUAGAUGUCUGAAUGAAUGGCCAGAUGGAGAUAUGGACGGAUGGAUGGAUGAAUGAAUGAAUCAUUGAAUGAAUGAAUGAGUGUAGUAUAGAGAGGUGUUUAGAUUUAUAGAUGUGUGAAUUAAAGGGCUAGAUAGAAAUAUGGAUGAAUGAACUAAUGAACGGGUGGAUGGAUGGAUGGAUGGAUGGAUAGAAGGACCGCAAGACUGACCCCUAAACUGACAAAUAGACCAGCGUAAUGUUACUGAUGAACUGAGGUAAACCCACGGGCUUGACUGACAAAUCUCAUCGUAAGCACACGCGGAUGAACAGGUAGACGGACAUGUUGACAAGUAGACUGACUAGAAGAGCUGGGUGAACACUGUCCGUUGGACCGACUGGUAGAUGAACUCUGAAACACGCACACAGAAAGAGAGAGAGAGAGAGAGAGAGAGAGAGAGAGAGAGAGAGAGAGAGAGAGAGAGAGAGAGAGAGAGCGAGAGCGAGAGAGAGAGAGCGUCCUGCUUACUCCUGUCUGUGUGGCAGGGUAGUUGGGAUCUGGGGUGCUCUGUGUAGUUGCGUUUGUGUGUGGUGGAGGGAUUAUGGAGCUGGGGGUGUGUUGGAGGGGUGGGGAGGUGUAGAGCACAGACUGGAGAUCAGCACAGUCUGUACACCGAUCACCAAGCUCCCCUUUCCUGCCACUGCAAAGUAAACGGCUCCACUACCGGCUGUUAAGAAAAAAAAGCUCUGUUCUCAGGUCUCUGGGAAUCCAUGCUGUGAAGAUAUUUGUUGUUGAGCCCAGAUAACUGGUGACUCCGAGUCUGAUCUGGCACCUUAAAUGGCUUUUGGUUCGGCUCUGAUCUGGCUCUGCACUGGCCCAGGUCUGGCCCUGGUCUGGCUGGGUCUGUUAGCUCAGAGUUAGCUGCUAUCUGGGCGGAGAAUACACAUAGGAGGAUGUGUGUGUGUGUGUGUGUGUGUGUGUGUGUGUGUGUGUGUGUGUGUGUGUGUGUGUGUGUGUGUGUGUGUGUGUGUGUGUGUGUGUGUGUGUGUGUGUGUGUGUGUGUGUGUGUGUGUGUGUGUGUGUGUGUGUGUGUGUGUGUGUGUGUGUGUGUGUGUGUGCGCGUUGGUUGGUCCGUGGGAUGAUGUACUGUACAUCUUUCCCAGCUGAAGUUGGUCAGAUGUAGCCAUUGGAGGAGAUGUUCACGAAGUAGAGCCGUGUCACUGUUAUUUCACUUUUACUUUAUUUUAUUAUUAUUUUAUUAUUCUAUUAGUGCCGUGUAGUUGUUUUACUUUUAUUUAAUUAAUGCCGUGUCAUUGUUAUUUGCCUUCAUUUUAAUAUUUUAUCUUUUGUUAGCUUUCCACUGGCACUGAAACUCAACAAACACUAGACACUUCAGAGGUAACUGCGAUCAGCUGUCAGUGAUCCUGGUGUUUUACGUAGUCGACGACAAGCUUGAUAUAUUAAGCUACAUCUGACCAUCUUAGGCUGCGUCAGAAUAAUGAACAAACAUGCAAGCAAGCAAAAACACUGAAAAAAAACCUGAAAAAAACUCCAUUUACAACUAUACUCUCUCUUCUAACAUAGCUAUCUGCACUGAUCUUCUAUUGUUAGCUUAACUCAUCAUUAGCCUAGCUUCACUCGUUGUUACUGACUGGUUAACAUGCUACUUAGCAACAGGAUCGCCUGCUACUGUGAAUGGCAUGACUGCAAACGCUAUUCACCAGGUGUCUGACUACUAAUAUGUUUUAGCAAAAGCACUCAGAUUGAUAUGCUGUAUUCAUAGGUCAAAGGUGAAAGGUUGUCUAGUGGUUUGUUGGUUUGAAGGGAAAGACUGUUAAUCGCAGAUAGGGCAAGACUGAAUUGGAUGUACUGUAAACCUCAAGCUGAUCUAUGCUGACUAAGAUGUUACUGUUACUGUACUAAUGGGUGAUUUGGGGUUUGUGUGUGUGUGUGUGUGUGUAAGAGAGAGAGAGAGAGAGAGAAAGAGAGACAAAGUGUUUGUCUCUCUCUCCAGUAAAAGGUUAAAAUGCAUGUGUGUGUUUUGAAGAGUAGCCUGUGUUUAUAUGUGUGUGAGAGAGAGAGAGCAGAGAUGUUAUUUCAAAAAGUAAAAGUAAAACACACAUAUCCCAUCAAAAUAAGCUCAACCCAUGUCACCUGAUGCUGCUGUGUGAACCAAUCACAACGUCUUUGAACCACACUCCGGUCCAAUGAACAAAAAGAAAAAAACACUACACACUUUGAAUAGAAGAAUAGACAACUAUGCCUUUAAAGCCUACCUUACACUGACCAGAUUUGGGAAAGACUCUUGAAAGAUUGUAGUCUUUUGAGUAACGCUUGAAUGAGGGGCAUUAGUUAAAAGACUACAAUCUUUCUCAAAUCUUCUCAGUGUAGGGUAGGCUUAACACACUAUGACAAACCCAGAAGUGCCUGACUGUAAAUACUGACAAAGUAGUGAAUCAUUUUUGCCAGUAACUGGCAGAAGGACCCUAAAGCAGCUAACCCUUGAACCCUUUGAGUCUCUCCUUCAGGUUGAUCUGUUUGUACCCUGUUGAGGAACCGGAAAUAAAUACUCUAACUCUUGACAACACAAGGAAACCAUUGA